GAAAGCAGGAAAAUAUUACUCGCCUUAAUCUAAGGGUCUAAGUUCUUAGAUGAACUGGUUGUUGUAUAAACUCAAUAAAUCAAAAUAUGAUAUCAGCACUGCCAUGAGUUUGGGCACUUGACUGGCUGUUGCAAUUUCGAGAGAAAAAUUGCUGCCCUCUCGACUCCACAUCACCGGCCUUUUGAAUGUACUGGUUGUUGAAUAAAACUCAAUAGGAAAAUAUCAUGUGUUAUUUUGUGGAAUUGGAGCACAAAUCACUGUUCAAUAGCUAUCCUGCCAACCAUCUGGAAGUCUGCACUUGAUAAUCCGCAGCAUUUUACAUUUAUGUGUGUCAGCCUGCUAUAUCAACCUAACACAUCAGUGAGCAAACUCUUAAGAGUCUCUGCAGUGCUUAAUGGAAAAAGGUGUCGUGUUGGGGAUAGCUCAAGGGAGGAAAUGACCUUUUUUAUAUUUUCCUUCCUUUUUUACAAAAUAAAAUAGCUGAUCUGGGGAAAUUUGCCAUUAAGCCUGAGCACUUGCUACAUUUAACAGUCUAAUUUCAUGCACUGGUAAAAUGGAAGCUACUAAUGACCAAAAGUUGUUGAAUAAGGCAAGUCAUGUGUAAGACUUAAAUGCUUACUCCCUCUGUUUUUUGCAAGGCUUCCAUGCAUUUAAAACAAGCUUUGCAAAAUGCUUUACCGAAAAAGGCUUUCGCCCCGCUUUAUAAAUAAAGCAACCACCGAGCACAAGGUUAUCAAGGUACCAACCGAACAACACACACAACGCCACCGCAGGCAAAAUGCUUUUGAAUACAGAUCUAACGGUGUCAGUUUUGUGUCACGUAACCUACAUAUUGUUUAUAUAAUUGUUCGUCUCUUGGUCAAGCUUGAAUCUUGGAAUGCAUGGGUACCUCACAAAAAGAAACAGAGGGUUAUUAUUACGAUUUACGGACUACCGAUGGAGAAUAUGCAUUCAUGAGAAGCUUAUCUACUCCAAGACCCAUGCCCAGGCGAGAAAACCAGAAGAGCAAACUACAGCUGGAAGUCAGAAGGAGACUUCAGAGGUGGAAAGAGAACUCAAUGCCAAUGAACAUGAGGAAGAGGAUAGAAAGAGGGUUUUAGCACUACAUAAGUCAAAGCGUGACGAGGAAGAAAAAGCACGAGGGAGAAUCAGAAAUCAACUUCAGGAGGAUAAGAGGGAGAGGAUUCAAGCUGCUAAAGAUGUUAUCGAAGCAAAACGGACUCUUGAAGAAAAUCAAAGAAAACGCAUGAUGGAAAGUCGAAAAGCAGAACAAGAGGAGGAGAAAAGAGCAAGAGAGAGAAUCCGUCAGCGUAUAGAGGAUGAUAAGGCAGAAAGAAGGAGAGGGCUUGGUUUGCCACGGGAAAAUACAGUAGCAUCAGCUCCGAUAGUAACUCUCGCAAAGGUAAAACCUAUUGAACCAGUUGUAACAUCAGAACAAUUGAGAGAUUGCCUACGAACUCUGAAAAAGAAUCACAAGGAUGACAACGCUAGAGUGAAAAGAGCAUUCCAAAUAUUGCUGAAGAUAGUCGCCAACAUAGUAAAGAACCCAGAAGAGGAGAGGUUCAGGAGGAUUCGACUAAGCAACCCUGUUUUCAAGGACAGGGUGGGUAAUCUGCAAGGCGGCGUAGAGUUCCUGGAGCUGUGCGGGUUCCAGAAGCUCAGGAACAACAGCUACCUGGUCAUGCCGAGGGGCAAGGCCGACGUGGCGCUCCUCAACGCGGCGGGGGUCGAGAUCGCGUCUGCCAUGGAGAAUCCCUACUUUGGGCUGCUCUCCAAGUGAGCGGGACAGCCUGCAUUCAUCUCUGCUUCACCAUUAAGAGCUCAUCUAUAUUCGGUACUACGAGCUUUGUAAAUAUUAAAAACCUUUGUGGCAAUGAAGUGUGAGUACCAGCGAAUGGACGGCACGGCGCUGUAGCUCAUAGAUCUCGUCGAUGGGAUCUAUCCCCUGUAUGUAACUGAACAAAUUGUGUUCCAGUAAAUCUCAUGAUUUGUUGGCAACAGUGGGGGCGGUGUACAGAAAUCAAAACAAAAAUGA